AUGUCUUACCGCCACCAUUGCCACACCAUUUCUUACGAAACAUCCUAUGAGCACCCUGCUCAGGUGGAAAUCCAUCAUUAUCAACCCAGCCCUCCUCGAAGUAGUCAUCAUGGAGCCGGACCCCGCCGUUCUUCUAUUUCCUUUGAUAAAGACAACACACGCACAGAAGGACUGAAUACUCACACGGAAGGACUGAGUUAUUCCGAUGAUCAGCCGUCUCAAGAGGAUGAUCUGUAUCUCUCGGAUGCGGUUGCGCAGCGCCUGGUCAUGAGAACCGAGCUCAAGGUAUCUCAGAACAUGGCCAAGUCCCGGUUCGUCCGAGAUCACUGCCGACUCUACAAGCUGCCGCGCUUUACGCAAGACGACCUGGAGAUUGGCUGCAUGAUUGCCAAGGGUGGCUUUUCCAAUGUCCACGCCAUUGCUGCCUUUCACAACAAUUCCGACGCUGCCUUUCGUCGGCCAUCACAGCCUUCGUCCUUUUACGUCGUCAAACACUUGAACCCCAAAUUGGCUCUGUCCAACUCCAAGAAACUCCUCAGUGGAGCUCGCGACUUGUUCUGGGAAGCUCAUUUGCUGAGCAGCUUCAACCACAAACACAUCCUCAAACUUAGGGGUUGGUCCGCCGAAGGAGUGGCCGGGUUCAUGUCCACGGGUCGAGCGGACGGCUUUUAUUUAGUAUUCGAUCGCCUUGAAGGGACACUCUUUCAGCGUCUCUCGCAAUGGAGAAGGCGAGCUCGAGAGGAUGAACUCUUGCAUCAGAUCCACAAACGCAAAAAGUACCCCGAUACCAUGAAGCUAUUCAUUCAGCGCAUCAAGAUUGCCCGGGAUAUUGCCGACGCCUUUUGCUAUUUACACGAUACUUGCAACGUCUUUCAUUUGGAUCUCAAGCCCGGUAACGUGGGCUUCUCGGCCGAUGGUUGCUUGAAGCUAUUCGACUUUGGCCUUGCGGUGGAGGUCCAACCCGAGACGAACGACCCCGAUGAGACGUUUGACCUGAAUGGAAAGAAAGGAACGAGCCGAUACAUGAGCCCAGAAAUGAUCAAACGCGAGCGCUACAAUGCCAAAUCGGAUGUCUAUUCAUUUGCUAUUCUUCUUUGGGAAAUGCUGAGUCUCUCCAAGCCUUACGGGGGCAUGGACGGCAACGACGUCAAGGAGAAUGUCGCCCACAAGGGACUUCGACCCAAGAUUCCAAAGGAGUGGCCCACGCAGAUCCGAGUGCUACUCAAGUAUGGAUGGGCCAAGCGCCCUGAUGAGAGGCCUACCAUGUCACAGAUCCAAGACACCUUGGAGAAGAUGCUCGUCGCACUGGCGUCCGAAUCGUCGAGGCAUUCGAGCUCUGACAGGAAGUUUUUCAAAUACGCAUCAAGAUAG